AUGAAACUAUGGAGAAUUCAGACUUCCCUUAAAUUGCUUCUGUUUGUCAGUGUUUUACCAACAUGUUGGACGGCCAAUGGGAAGUAUGCGCAGAAGCUCCUGACAGACCUGUUCGCCAACUACACCAGUGCACUGAGGCCAGUUGAAGACACCAACACCAUACUGAAUGUGACCCUGCAGAUAACUCUGUCACAAAUCAUUGACAUGGAUGAACGCAACCAAAUCCUGACAGCAUACUUAUGGAUACGCCAGGUGUGGGUCGAUGCGCAUCUCAGCUGGAGUAAAGACGAUUAUGAUGGACUCGAUACCAUCCGUAUACCUAGUAGUUAUGUAUGGAGACCUGAUAUAGUCCUAUAUAACAACGCAGACGAACACUUCACGGGUUCCAUGGACACCAAUGUCGUGAUCCGCCAUGACGGUCAGAUCAUGUGGGACUCGCCGGCCAUCACCAAGUCCUCCUGCAGAGUGGACGUGUCCUUCUUCCCCUUCGACGCCCAGCAGUGCCGUUUCACCUACGGCUCCUGGACCUACAACGGCAACCAGCUGGACAUCCAGAACGCCAUGGAAAGCGCAGACCUGGCCGACCUGGUGGAGAACGUGGAGUGGGAGGUGGAGGGCAUGCCGGGCAAGAGGAACAUCAUCCAAUAUGGCUGCUGCGCCGACCCCUACCCCGACGUGACCUACACCCUCAUGCUGAAGCGGAGGGCCUCCUUCUAUGUCUUCAACCUGCUGAUACCGUGCGUGAUGAUCUCCUUCCUGGCCCCGCUGGGCUUCUACCUGCCUGCUGACUCCGGGGAGAAGGUUUCCCUGGGGGUCACUGUGAUGCUGGCCCUCACAGUCUUCCAGCUGCUGGUGGCAGAGAUCAUGCCCCCCUCAGAGAGUGUACCUCUUAUUGGAAAGUAUUACAUCGCAACGAUGACAAUGGUAACCACCUCCACCGCCCUGACCAUCUUCAUCAUGAACAUCCACCACUGCGGCCCUGACGCCAAGCCGGUACCCAAGUGGGCCAAAAAGGUCAUCCUGCAGUACAUGGCCAGGAUGUUCUUUGUCUACGAAGUAGGGGAGAACUGCAUGACGCCCCAGCCUGAAAAACAGGAACCGGCUCCGCCCCGUUCGACGAGGACCACGCACUGGGCCCAGAACGGGCAAGCCGGCCCAUGCAGAGAGAACCCCUCGCUGGGCACGGAGGGAGACCGGGACGCGGAGAGCGCCCAGGGGGAGGAGGACACCGAUCAGACGAGCACGCUAGGCUCGCUGGGUACGAGCCCCACCAACCGGUACACCAGCUGGAAGAAUGGCGUUUUCCAGAGCAUGGACUGUGGGGGCUCCCCUAGCACCCGGAUGAGGAGCAGGAAAGGGGGAGUGAGCGACGGGGAGAACCGCGAGAGAGAGGCGGCCUGCCUGGAGCCCCAGCUCCUGCAGAACAUCGAGUACAUCGCCAACUGCUACAGGGAGCAGCGGGCCACGCAGAAACGGACCGGGGAGUGGAAGAGAGUGGCCAAGGUGCUGGACCGCUGCUUCAUGUGGAUCUUUUUCAUCAUGGUGUUUCUUAUGAGUCUACUUAUCAUGGGCAAAGUUGUGUAACAGCUGGCAGAUUCUGUUGAACGAUUUGAUAAUAUGAUUCCAAAUGUUCAAUAUCAUAGUUAUUUUUAUUUUUUUUAAACCAAUGUAAUUUUAAGUUGAACAUUAGCUGUA